AUGCCUGCAUGCCUGCAUGGUAUCCUCCAGGGACGACAGGGGAUCUUAGCUAGCAGCGUCACACUUGCAAGUAGCAACCAGUCCCUUAACCUAUCAGUGCAUAACCAACUCUCAGACUCCAACCAGCAAGCCCUCCGCUCAUCCUCCACCAUCGACAAGCCCGAGAUGACGGAGAUGUCCUCGUUUUCAGACGCCAGCGUCACGGCUCGACGUGCGUGUUUACCUCGCUGCGACAAGGAGGAAGUCAUAUUGGCCGCGAGCGAGCCGAAGAGGCGUGCUGGGAGGCGAGCGUUGGAGGAGACUCGCCACCCGGUCUACCGCUGCGUGAGGUGGAGGAAGAAGAAGUGGGUGUGUGAGGUGAGGGUUCCUAAUAAGAGGACCAGGAUAUGGCUCGGGACGUAUCCCACGGCCGAGAUGGCUGCUCGGGCACACGACGUUGCGGCAUUGGCGCUUCGAGGAAAGAAGGCAUGCCUCAACUUCGCAGAUUCCGCGUGGCGCUUGCGAGUUCCUGAUUCUGAAGACCAGCUUGACAUUCGCAGGGCCGCCGCUGAAGCUGCUGAGACUUUCAGGCCUUCGGAAUUUGGUGGCGUCUCCAGCAGUUGUGAUGACGACAAUAACGAUGAGAAAAAUAAUGACAAUGACAAUAAUAAGAUUGAGAACGAGAAACUGGCGCUAGGCAUGGAUAAUAAGAAUGAGGGCUUCUACGAGGAUGAAGAGGCCAUGUACAACAUGCCAGGGUUGCUGACUAGCAUGGCGGAGGGUCUGCUAAUCACCCCGCCUCUUCAUUACUUGGACAAUAUGAACUGGGGAGUAGAUGACCCGGAAACCGAGCCAAACUUCAGCAUGUGGAGCUAG